AUGUCGAAGAUUGACGCAGAUUACGAGGAGAUUCAAGGAAUGUUGCUGAUGACUACAAGGGCAUGCUUGCGGUCGGCCGAGCAGAGGAUAAUGGACAAUGUAAUCCUUCCUGAUAAUUCAUAUGCUCAAAUGAUGCGCACCAACGAGCUUAUCGAAUCGGAACAAUAUGCACUAGCUAUGGUUUCAUCGGAGAACACGCAACGUGAAGAACACAACAACAACAAUGAAAAUCAGCUCGAAAAUGAGGUUGUGGGUGUUAAUGUUACGCCUUUGCUAAGGGAAGUCUCGGAGGCAAUUGGGAAUCCGCCCUCGGACGGAUACAAUUGGAGGAAAUACGGGCAAAAGAAAGUGAAAGGAAACAAGUUUCCAAGGAGCUAUUACAAAUGCACAUAUCCAGAUUGCAAGGCAAAGAAGAAGGUCGAAUACUCAGACGAAGGUUAUGCCGCGGAAAUAAUCUACAAGGAAAAGCAUGAUCACCCCCAAGCUAACCCCUCCCGUGACCUCGUCAGUAUCUAUUUAGCGCAAGAAAUGACCUACAAUCUCAAUAAAGAAGAUGAUAACGACUCAAGAAAAAGGAAGUUGGAUCAAUACGUUGCUACUGCACAAAUGAGCUCAUCUUCGAGAUCGGCUCGCCAACAAAAGUGGGUGGCUAAAAUGGUAAGCCACCAUAAUGUGGUUGACGAUGGAUAUCGUUGGCAAAAGUACGGGCAAAAGGUUGUGAAGGGAAACUCAGAACCAAGGAAUUACUACAAGUGCACUCAUCCAGGAUGCAUAGUGAAGAAGCACAUAGAGAGGGCCGUAGAUGAUUGUAACAUACUAUUGACAACCUACGAAGGCAACCACAACCAUGAUAUUGUGACGACAAACAAUAUUGACAACAAUUUGAACUUUACAACGGCUGACUUUUCAUUCGACCAUCACAAUCAAGCUAAUAACUUGCAGUUGGAGGCAAGAGUUGAGGCAGCAACAACGGCAAACCAAGAAGAAAGGUUCAUGAGAUUUGAAUGCCCUAAUCGUCUCAACACAAUUCGUCCGAGAACCGUUAGUGUGGAACAAUGUCCUCGGCCUAACUUGGGUUUUCAACCUAUCGUUAUGCCUUAUGUGGGCCUUCCUGGGACACUUGAAUCAAAUGUAGGGCGCAUACAAGAGCUCAAUGCUUCAUUCUCGAGGACACAAUUGCCUAUGCGAGCUAAUAUUCCCCGAGGAUAUGAUAUGACUAUGAAAAUGACACCAUCUCAGUCACGUCGAAUGUAA